UGUCAAUCGUCAAGCAUACUGUCAGAAUCCGGCAAUCGCAAAACUGAUCUGCUCACACACAUGGAUAAUAAAAUAACACUUUAUUCGGGAUUUUAAUUUAAUAUUUUAUUGAAAUAAGUUAAAAUCAAGUGCAUUUGUUAAUUGCGACCGAUUGAAAUUGUUUGAGUUCAAUAUUUUAUCUGUUUUUCUUGCUAUGGAGUGAAUCGAGGUUAACUUGGUUCUGGGUUCAGUGUUCAUAGCAGAGCUUUUUCAGAUAAAACACGUUUUGAAGUUCUUAGCAAAACUAAAAAGGAUUCUCAUUGCGCACCGGUCGUAUAGGCAAACAAAAAUGAGACUCACAGAAAAAGAAGCAAAGCUAUUUUUUCGCCGUGCCCAGCGGCGUUUCAAAGUGUGCGAUGAAUUUAUUCAACGUAAUAUGACUGCCAUGCUGAAGUUCAUACAAUAUGCCAUAACACCCCGCAUCGUAUUAAAACGUAAACUAAUUCGAAAACGCAAUCGUGUUUUUCUGCGACACAAUUAUCUUCGAAAGUUAUUAUUUGACCCAACAAAAUUUAAAAAAAGAAGACAAGCUAAACGUCUACACUCUCAAUGGUCUAAGCGCUUAGUAUUGCACCUUAGACGUUUCGAAGUUAUUGAAUUUGUUGAAGAAGAAGACCAAGAAAAAGAAAAACAAAAAGAAGAAGAAGAAGAAGACAAUACUGUUAAAACUGCUUUGAGUCCAAAAGAGGUAAGCGAACAAUUAAAACAGCAACUUGAACUUCUUAAGUGCAGAAAACGCACUGUUCCACUGUUCGAAGAUUUAAAUAAUUUAAAACAAGCUGAAAACAGUCAAAACUCUGCAAGAGUUCCUUCGACCGAUGCAAUAUCUACAAAUGAGAGUUUACCACCGGUGGCAUGUACAGAUGUGGCUAACUUGGAAGAAAACGUAACUAUCCCAAAAGUACCUUUACUUACGGCGAUUCAUAUUUCAGAAGAAGAAUUCAAAGGGUCAGAUAAUCAAAGAACUGAAAAAAGAAAUGGAAGUUUUCUAGACAUGUUAAUUUCAAAGGUUAAACAUACGUCUGACGAAAACAGUCCAAAUGAAACUUCGCCGGUUUUGGAAACGUCAAUGGAACCUCCUAGACCACAUAACAAAAUACUUGAAAAAGAAACUACUGAGACUGAAGAACGUGAAAACUCUAAUAGUUCAAGUGAUUUUUUCGGAUUCGAAGACAACGAGCGGGUAUUGGGAAACUUUCCUGGGAUGUUGUCUACGCCAUUUGUCCGUAAACGUGAGUCAAAUUCAGCUUUUGUUAGUGAGACUCUUAAUGCUUACAUGCGUGAUAAUUCGCUUGAGAGCUCCGCAGCCGUAAACUAUCCACAACACCGCCCAGAAGAUGGACAAGUCCUACCAAAAUCAAUCCCUCCAAAAUUAGAUAUGCCUGCCCUUCCAGAAGGACUUCAAGGUCUGCGAACAGUUGCUGAGAGACGCUCUUUUUUGCAAAGAACAAAAAACACGAAAUAUUGCAUUAUAAAUAAUAUUGGAACGAUUUUCCGAGAGUUACAAAAAAGAUCUAAAGGCCAUCGCAUAUAUAAACAAGCUGUGGAAUCUGUGAUAAACUCUAGCUCAGUUCCAAUGACACGACAAGGAUGGAAAGCUGCUACAUGGCUUCUUACAGAAAUAGGCAAUUAUUGUUGUCAAACAAUUACUGUUGACGGUGAAGAUGUUCGUUUAUAUGGAGGACGUGGUAAUUUUCGAAACAAGUUCAGAAAACCCCAUUCAAGUUUAUGCAUGAAAUCAAUAUCUAUAUGUCCUGCCAAUUGUACGGAUCGAGUUGCUUUUCGAUCACUUAGACCAGUCAGAAUUCCAGAAAAACGUUCAAAACUUAAUGACUCUUCGAAGAAGGUACUUUACAAGCCCUGUCCACUUUCUCACAAAAUUUUGCAGCAUUCACGUGACGAGGAAUCCGAUUUCGGUAGUUUAGGUAUUGUACGUAUGCCUCAAGUAGAACUCGAAGUGUUUCCACAGCUAAAUAAACCUUUGUCUGAAAUAGCAAAAAAGUAUCUUCAGUUGAUUCUUCCCUAUGGUGAGAUAACUCGUGAAUGGGCAGAGUUUUCAGUUUCUACACUUUUUGAUAGUCAAAAUAUGGAGAAUGCAAGUAAACCAACAAAAUCUUACACUUUUAAGCUUCCUUAUGCAAACGAUCGAAAUCAUUUAAUAAUUCGUCGAGUAUACAAACGCUCAGAAGAGUUCGAAAGUGAAUUCGAUUACAAUUGUUUGUCUUUUCGGAGAGAAAUUGAUCUGAAGCCAGUAGAUGAAGAGCCAUUGGAUUCAUUGUCCGUUGAAUGUGCCGAUAUUUUGACAGAUAUGAUCAACAGCGUAGCCAUAGCUUGCAGUGAGAAUUCAUUUAUCAGAGAUGAUCCUGAUAACAUUUACCAAUACGGUGUCGAUGAUGAAGAUGUGAUGGAAGAGAAAUCAGUGCGUAAGACCGAGCUACAUCCGCAACACGCUGGAAUUUCAAAUAAGAAACAAAGUCGCUUGUUGAAUGAACUGAAGCGACUAAAUGCAACUGUUAUUGAUGCAGCUACUACUAAAUCUUCAGAAGGUGGAACGGACUGUGAUAAAGAAUAUUGUAAACUUGGUUGUAUUUGUUCUAGUCUUAGCGAAGGGCCUACUGUAAGGCAACAUUGUGGAAAACAAAGAUGUGUUCUCGAGUGCAAAUGUAAAAAUCCGAACGUACUACGCUUAGAAACUGAUGGUCGAAAAAUAACUACUGAAGAUGCUUUUAUGUUAAGACGUCAAGCUACCGCAAAGCUAGCUCGGGUUGAAAAAGAAUUCACUUCAACUAUAGUUCUUACUGGAAGUGAAACUCUUUUGAUUAAUGAAUCCCAAUACGAUAAAAAGCGACGUUGCACAAAGAUUCCAAAGCGAUACGGUGAUUUCGUUGAUCACGAUGAUAAUGAUUCAAUCGAUUCUAAAACUUCUACAAAGAGAACCGAAACUACUGUAACUUUUCCUACAGAACCUGUGCUUGUAAACGAAACUAUUUAUAAUCACCUUAAACAUAGUUCGGUGAGAUUGAAGAAAUUGAAUGAUGUAAAAGACUUGGCUCCUUGGUGUAUGAUUCACAUGGUAUAUAAGUGUUUUUGCAAAGGUCAAUCAACAAUCGGCCAUCCAAUUGUAAUAGAAAAACACAUCAACACACAGGAACCACUUGAAGCAACGAUAAUUGAUGAACCCUUGGUUGUGAAAAAUCGAACAUUAUAUUCAUUCGAAAAAGAAGAAUGCAAUAGAAAUGUAGAAACGUGCACAGAUUUGGAAUGUGAUACUUAUGUAAGCUCAGCAUCUAGCGAAGCUAGUGAAUCAGUUUCUGAUUUUAGUCCUUCGACAGAAGACAAAACUAAAAUUGAAAAAAGGGGUCGGAUAUCAGAUAACCAUUAUAUUGAAGUGUAUAUGAACGCUAAAGCUAAUCAUUGUCGUCGUGUUGUCCCUAUUCCUAGAAAUAUCUAUAAAAGAAGAAAUAAAAAACGAGUAGCGCACAUUCAAUUAUAUAUUGCAGAAAAUGAAAGCGACGAAACAAGGCUAAGUCUCAAUGAACAUGUUUUAAGGUCUGUUUACUAUCACAAAGAUUACAACGUACCUAAAAUCAAAACAGUUUCUGAAGUAAAGGAAGAACUGCAAUUAAAAAAAGAAAAUAUUAGUCACAUAGAAAAAACUAAUGAGAUAGAUUCCAGAAUAAAAGAACACAAAUUAUUUACCAAGGAAAGUGAUAAUACAUCACCAGUUCCAAUAAAAAAACGGCGAAUGAGUGUGUUUCAGGCUGAUAAAGGAACAUCACUUUUACUUGUUAACCAGCAUAAGGAAUCAUUGAAACAGGAAGAGGGACUUUCAAACGAUCAUAAAACUAAAGCUUCUCCAAAAUUUAUUCCAGCACAUGUUGAACAGAUCACCGUCCCAAAAAUUUCACAAAUAUUUUCCCUGAAUACGGGAACUACAGAAAAUUCCGCGGGACCCGUGUCACUUCCAGUACCAAUGGCAGUUCCAACGCCUGAGAUCGAGCCAACUUCUGCCAUUGACAUUGCUCAAAGUUCUUCCGAAGAUAUGGCACUAGCACAUGGUAUAAGUUCAGAUGCAUUCAAGAAUGUUUUCAAACAAGUCAUCAAAAAUAUGAAUAACUUGGUGAGCAAAAAAAUGCAAGAUAUUGACAUGGCAUUACGAAGGGAAAGCAAAGCCAUUCCAGCACCGAAUGCAGAAAUAUUAUGUAUUAUUCGAUGGAAUAAUUUCUUAGAAGCAUAUUUAGAAGGAUUUGUUUAUCUAUGGGAAGUGCGAACUACAAACAUAACAUUCAUAGCUGCAACUAUAAAACCAAUAAUGCCAUUAGUUAUAAAUGCAUUGAGUGUUAUUAAUAUUCAAGCUAUCUUAAGGGAUAAACUGCCUCUUUUGGGAAGAAUGCUGAUGGACAGAAAGCGUAGCACAAGUUCAGAAGGUUUAGCUGUGGUAAUGCAAGGUCAAAAGAUGUAUUGGAUUGUAAAAGGAUUCCUUCGACCCGACAAAACACGCAUUUGUCCAAAACCAACACCAGAAAGUCAUCCAUUGCUUACCAGAAAAAUAAAUGUCUUGUGUCGGCUUUUGAUUAAUAAUCAAUUCAACGAGCACAAAAAGCGUCAAGAUGCCCUUCAAACACAUCAUAUACCAACAUCUUCACAAUUGCCAUCUAAUUCCAUUAAUGAUAUAACAGAAAAAGAACCCAGAACUAGUGAUUUAAAUAUUUCAUUUGAACCAAAAACUCCGACUACUUCAAAUUCUUCUCUUUGUCCUGAAGUGUCCAGUGAUCAAAAUAAUAUAAGUCUGAAGCUUAAAGUCUUACCAAUGCAAAGAAAUAUCUCCGAUCAGGCAACCUCUAUAUUAGAGCAAAUGGUAUCACAGGCGUACGGUUUUGUAAGAACCAAUAUAUCAUUCCGUAAAAUACGUAACACUGAACUUUGUGAAAUUUUCCCGCCAGCAAAAAUGAAUUCAAAUCAUCAUUGGCUUGUUUUAGACAUUAGCAAUGAUUUUUCACAUAUAUUUAUACCAGAAUUAAAAGACCUGUUAACACUGGAUCGAAUUCAAAAAGUCAUGGCUUAUGCUCUUGCCAAAAAUCGUAUUGUUAAAAUGCAGUUUAAUCAAAAAUCUCUGUUUAAUGCGUAUGUCACACCAAAAUCUCAGAAAAAGAUUUAUUUCGGUCCAUAUCGACAUAGCAUAACUGCACCAAAACUUGUUCUACUUCAAAGUGUCGACGGACAAAUGAUGUUGCGAGAAGUAUACGAAUCCCGGCAUAAUAUUAUUCCAAAGACAUUUAGCACAACUGCAUUUUGGGUUGUGCAAAAAAGUGGCAAGAUUUAUCUUGAUGUUGAACAAGUCAUUGAACAGGAUCCAAAAGAUACCAAUCAUAUCAGUUCUUGUGAUGCUAAUACGCAACAAAUCUGUGUUGAAGAUACUCAAAAGGGCACACCAAAUAUUUCAGCUAAUCGAAACGUUCAAUUGAUUGGAGAAAAAAGUAAUCAAUCUUUGGAAAGCUUUCAAGUUCAACAAAACAAUCAAAUUGAAAAUAUUGGUGAAGUUCUUUCAAACGUUAAAGAUCCACAAAGUAAUCUAUUAACAGAAAGACUUUCAGGUGUUCAAUCUGUUCCGGGGUUAGAAAAAGGAAAGCAAGAUACUUCGAAUACUAACAAUUAUAUUGAUGAUGAUGACGAUUGUAUGAUCGUAGAUGAUGAAGUGUGUGCUCCAUCUGUUGCUGUUGUUCCUCCGAACACUUCUCAAUCACCUGCUUUUGCUUCUCCAGUGGUCUCGACUGCAGUUACAUCAGUAGAUUCUCAAGAAAUAAAUACUGCCAGAAUAAACUACACAAUAUCAUGUGGGGGAGAAAACUCACCUCUGAUGGUAAUACAAAAUGAAUGUAAUCGUGAACUCACGGUUCUUCCCGACGGAAUAAGCAAUACUUUUACUAUAUUAUCAGAAGCUCAACCUCCUUCAGUUAACUUACAAAAAAGUGAAGAACCGAACUUACUGAAAAAUGCCAAUCAGCCAAUACCAAUCAAUACUAUUUUUAAUUUAUCAUCCGAAAAUUGUAGACCAUUGAGUCUACAGACAGCGAACGAUGUUAUUAAUCCUGGUGAAAUUAUACUCACGUUUCCAACUCAUGAUGCGAAUACUAAUUUGUCAAUACCUGCCCAACAUCUUGCUAACUUCUCAAUAGCACCAAGUGAUUCUAAACUCAAUGAUUCUUCGAGUUCAAACACUUUAAGUAGUGUUACUCAAUCUGAAAGUAAUAAAGAUACUUUUGAAUCACAACGACGAAGCUUACAAUUAAAUGAAGUUCCAAUGAAACUUAAUAAAAAUAUUACAAUAAAAAAGAUAAUGACAGAAGUUGAGCGAAGCCCAUCAACAUCAGCGCCAUUUAGUUAUUCAAGAAAAUCUUUUCCACUUUUAUCUCAGAAGCCUGUGUCAAUGACGACAAAUUUUAAUCCAAGAAAUCUCUUACCUGUACAGAAACAAAAACCCAUUUACCCAAGACCACCGCAGCUAGUUCAGGCUCCACAAAGAACUAAUUUUCAACCAAAUACAUCACAAUUCUAUCGUCUGCCAACAAAACCUUCGGCGUCUAUUCAAAUAAAACAGCGACCUGCAGUUGGAAACAUUGUUAAAAGCCAGCCAAAUUUCCAACAACGGACACAAGGCGGAUUAAUAGUAAGGUCACCGUCUGCAAUAAAUACAACAUUAAGAUCACAGCGACCAAAUUCGAUUCGAAACCCAGGGUUUAAUACUUGUGUGGUUAGGCCUGCUCCUAAUUUAAUUAGUUCAGGUAUACGAUUGCGAGCACCCAACGCAACAACUCAAGUUACACGUUUAGUAUCUCCAAUACCUGUGGGUAACAUUUCAAUGACAAAGAGAAUGCCCAACACAAAUCAACAAGUCAAUUCACUGCAGAACGCAGCGAAGAAAAUUCAAAGCACUACAAUUCCUAAAAUUCCUAUACCUGAUUUUACUAAAAACUCCCAACUCGACCCCUUACGAAUAUUUGAAGAAUCAACAAAGAAUGCAUCUAAUAAUUUAAAACAGUCAAAUCUUACUAACGGUAUACAGAGCGUAAACCACACUGCUAAGCAGAACCAAAUACAAUCACCACCAACAAACGUUAUUUCCCCUGUUGGAAUAAAAAGGAAUUCAUUGGGAGCACCCAUCCGCCCUCAAUUUCGACUACAACCCGCCCAAAAAUUUGCUCCGAAACCUGUUUCUGCUAAUGGUAGAGGAGAUCCAUUAGCAGUCAAACUGUCUUCACAAGUUAAAGGCAUACCCAUUGAACUACCACGUUUAAAAAAAUUUGCCAUUAUGAGCUCUCCAACCCAAAAUGUAAUACCACCAGCCAAAGCUGAAAUCAGUUGUAAAAAAGGUUCCGAACCAUCUACAAUCAGUUCACCAGGAAGUCUUGAUGACUCCAUCCCUAAAAAACUUAUAAAAACUAAUUCCUCGAUUCCAACUACAACUACGACGAAUACAUUAGUGUCAUCUUCUGGGAGCAAAACAACUACAAGUUCGUCAAAUGCAAAUGCGGAAUAUGGAUAUUUUCAUGCUAAUUUAGAUGGUUUGCCAAAGUUUGUGGUGAAACGUGUUGGAGAUGAUUUUCUGAUUAAAGUACCGAACUUUAAUGGAAUACUCAAAUUAACUGGAUUAUCAACCGUUCAUAAUUAUUUGAACCAAUAUACGACACAAAAAUGCGGAAAAACCAUUGAUGAGAUUGCAGAUUUAAAAUGGACAUUCAAAGCGCAAGAUCGGUCUAAACUAAAUAUUGUUAAUAAAUCAAUUUCGCCACUCACGAAACCUAUUAAUAAAAUGUCUAAAAAGAUAAUUGCGACUAAACAAAGCUUGAAUGAACACACUUCAUCAAUUUCUACAACUCCUGCCUCAAUUCUAAAUACAAUGAAGCAACAAAAUGCUGCACGAAAGCAAUUAGAGCCAGGUGAGUCCAUCGACUUAUCAGAUGAUGACUAGGCGUUUUCCUUAUUUUAGAAAAAUACGCUUUUUAUAUACUCGUAAACUCAUUGUGAAAUCCAAUUUUUCAAUUCUCUUUUUGUAAGAAAAUAUAUUAAAGGAUGUUCUUACUAAUGUAAUGAAUCAAACCAUUGGUAAUAUAAUAAGUUAAGUAAAUGUUUAAUAUUUACGUAAGAGAAGAGACUGGUGCCUUAAUUGCAAUUUUAUUUGUUGUAUCUUUAAAUACAAAAAGGACUGUAAAUGUAUUACGUUUUUGUUCUGUUAAAACAUUCAAUCUUUUAUUUGUAUUUUAUAUAUUAUGAACAUAAUCAUGUAAACUAGUUAUGAAUUUAAUAUGUAAACUUUAGUUUUAUUUAAAUUAAAUGAGUGUAAAUAUGUGUAUUUUUAUUAUUAAAAGUUAAGUAUACCAUCACUUAAAUGAAUUACUGAUUGAUGAAUCUAGAAUAAAUAAGAACCUAAAUAAUUUAAGUCACAUGAAACAUUAUCUUUUUAAAUAAUAAGGUAACAUACUCAAAAUCUAAAAUAAAAAGAAUUAUAAAUUCUAAUUGAAGAAAAAAUAUUUAAUAUUUAAAGUAUUAAUACGACUUUUUUUUUAUUUCAAAUAUGUAAAUACUUAUUUAGUUUAUAAUUUUGUUUUAAUC